CGAGGCAGCCGAACAAACAAUCACCAAGAGGGAGAGGGUGAGGAGGAGAGAAGGAAAGAAGGAGACAGAGAGAGAGAGAGAGAGAGAGAGAGAGAGAGAGAGGGAGAGAGGGAGUCUUGCAGAGAUUACCAAAUUCUGAAGACACCACAAUCCAUACCAGUUCCAUCGCAAACGACUGACAGUACACAGCAGAUCUUUACAGGAGGAAAAAGUAAACCAGGAGAGUAAGCCACAAAACUCAAAAUGCCAUUCAAGCCAAUCCAACAACAGAAAUGUCCUGUCUGCAACAAGGCCGUCUAUGCGGCAGAAGAGAAGAUUGCAGGUGGAAAUAAAUUCCACAAGAUGUGUUUCAAAUGCAAUAUGUGUAACAAGAUGUUGGAAAGUACCACAGUUGCUGACCACCAGGGUACACUCUAUUGUAAGGGCUGCCAUGGACGUAAGUAUGGGCCAAAAGGUUAUGGAUUCGGUGGUGGCGCUGGUGCCCUCAGCAUGGACACAGGAAGUCAGUUUGGUAACAAAGACUCAGAGAUGUCGAACAAGCCAACAACAGUCCCGUCGGGAGGCGACUCCGGAACCGGACCGAAAUGUCCCCGAUGUGGCAAAACAGUAUACGAUGCCGAGAGAGCCAUUGGAUCAACUGUGCCAUGGCAUAAGGCAUGUUUCAGGUGCAAAGGUUGUGGCAAGGCCCUUGAUUCCACCAAUCAAAACACUCAUGAAGGAGAAAUAUAUUGCAAGAAUUGCUAUGGCAAGAACUUUGGUCCCAGUGGCUAUGGUUUUGGCCAAGGUGCUGGUUGUCUGAGCAGCGAGAAAUAAACUAGAAAACCAAUGGAAUGGCGCCAAUCAUUCAAGACAAGAGUAAAUCCGUAGAACAGAGAGGAAAACACGAUUGCUUUCUGCAACAUGUCAUCUUAGCAAUGUCACAAUGCCAAAGAAAAUCUUUUGUGUGAAACUUUAAUAAUAAAAAGAAAACAAAUUUUUUUUUAUUUUC